AUGGACACAAACAUUGACUCUCCGGCACCGGAAUCUUCGUCGCCGGUUUAUCACCCAUCAGUGGCACCACUCUCUUAUCUUCUCGGAACAUGGAGAGGACAAGGAGAAGGAGGCUACCCCACCAUCAAUUCCUUCUCCUAUGGUGAAGAACUUCACUUCUAUCAUCCACCUAACAAGCCUGUGAUAGGGUACACUCAGAAGACAUGGAAACUCAGUUCUGGAGAGCCUAUGCAUUCUGAGAGUGGAUACUGGCGUCCUAAACCUGAUGGAACCAUUGAAGUUGUCAUUGCUCAAAGCAAUGGUCUUGUUGAAGUUCAGAAAGGGACAUAUAACACUGAAGAGAAAGUGAUACAGCUUCAGAGUGAACUUGUGGGAAAUGCUUCCAAGGUUACAGGGAUUCAAAGAUGUUUUCGGCUCGUAGAAGGGAAUCUUUGUUAUGAGGUUGAGAUGGCUACCAAUACAGUUACCCUUCAGCCACACUUGAAAGCAACACUGAAGAAACUCUAA